CUAGAGUCUGUUCCUCAUGUCUUAUGGCCUGUAGAAAUAAAGUAUUUUAAAAAGAAAUAAUACUUUGGCAAGAUGCACAGGAUCUGAGCUGAUGGACUGAGCACCCGAACGCUGGAGCAUCAGAACAGUUAUCAGGAUGACGGGUCCGGUCCAGGAUUCUCACAGGCUGUCUGUGAAAACAUGGACAGAGGAGGAGAGUGACCGAGCUGAGAGCACACUUAGCAGAGGACAGUCAAUAUGUGACGACACUUCUUCAGAGCUACAGCAAAUGGCAGCCAUUGACAGGAGAGAAGCUGGUUCCCAGAAUUCCUUUCGUGGCCGAGGUGCUCUGUCCAGGAUAGUCAGUAUGGUGAUGACCCUGAGAGAAUGGGCACAGAAGAGUUUGGCAGAGGAGACGGAGCGACCGGAUUCUUUCCUGGAGCGGUUCAGAGGCCCCGCUAACAUGGACAUACAGGCCCCGCCCAGCAGGUUCAGCCACAGCCGUACCGGCUCAGAGGCAGAUCACGAAAUCAGACACUCCAGACGCACGAGAAAAAAGUGUAAUAUUGUGGUCUUAUCUCCAUCUGAUGAUGCGUACUAUUACUGGCUGAUGGUGAUUGGUGCUGCAGUUUUUUACAACUGGACCCUGCUGGUUGUCAGGGCUUGUUUCGAUGAACUCCAGAUGAGAAACGUGCUCAUAUGGCAAGUGCUGGACUACACCUGUGAUGGAGUCUAUAUCCUGGAUAUUGCUGUUCGGCUACACACAGGUUUCUUGGAUCAAGGCUUGAUGAUCAAAGAUGUGCGCCGUCUGAGAGAAACCUACAUUCGAACGUUACAGUGUCAGUUUGACAUCGGCUCCAUUCUUCCAACUGACCUCUUGUACCUGAUUGUUGGAAUCGGCUACACUCCGCUUCUUCGAUUCAACAGACUGCUGCGCCUGUCCCGUCUCUUUGAGUUCUUUGAGCGUACAGAAACACGAACAGGCUACCCCAAUGCUUUCCGCAUCUGUAAACUGAUUCUGUACAUCCUGGUCAUAAUCCAUUGGAAUGCCUGCGGAUACUACAGCUUCUCCAAAAUCCUGGGACUGGGCUCUGACUCAUGGGUUUAUCCCAAUGCAUCUGACCCUGAGUUUGGCACCUUGUCACGAAGUUAUAUAUACUGCCUAUACUGGUCCACCAUGACGCUGACCACUAUUGGAGAAACUCCUCCACCCGUUAGAGAUGAAGAAUAUCUGUUCCUGAUAUUUGACUUUCUGGUUGGUGUUCUGAUAUUUGCCUCCAUUGUGGGUAAUGUUGGAUCCAUGAUUUCUAAUAUGAAUGCAACAAGAGCAACCUUUCAAACACGUGUAGAUGGACUCAAACACUACAUGCACUUCAGACAUGUCAGCAAGGUGCUGGAGCAGCGUGUCAUCCGCUGGUUUGACUACCUUUGGACCAAUCAGAAGACAAUUGAUGAACAAGAAGUCCUCAAGAGUCUGCCUAACAAACUGAGAGCAGAGAUAGCUAUUAAUGUUCACCUGGACACACUUAAGAAGGUGCGUAUCUUCCAGGACUGUGAGGCAGGCCUCCUUGUAGAAUUGGUGUUAAAACUCCGACCGCAAGUUUUCAGUCCUGGAGAUUACAUCUGUAGAAAGGGAGAUGUGGGUAAAGAGAUGUACAUAAUUAAAGAGGGCCGCCUGGCAGUGGUUGGGGAGGAUGGAGUCACACAGUUAGCUGUUCUAACCGCAGGAAGUUGCUUUGGAGAAAUCAGCAUCCUAAACAUCAGCGGCAGCAAGAUGGGGAAUAGACGCACGGCUAAUAUUAGGAGCCUGGGAUAUUCUGACCUGUUCUGCCUUUCAAAACAAGACCUGAUGGAGGCAUUACAGGAGUUUCCCCAUGCCAGGGCACAGCUGGAGCAGAGGGGGCGGGACAUCCUGAUGAAGGAGGGACUUCUGGAGGAAGUGAAUGUGUCUGCAGGGGAGGAGUUGGAGACGAAGGUGGAGAGGCUAGAAACCAGUCUUGAUCGGUUCCAAACAUGCUUGGCCCGUCUGCAGAGUGAAUUCAACUCAUCCCAGCUUCGACUGAAACAGCGAAUAACGGCCCUGGAAAGCAACAUCCCCACAGCAGCAACUGGCAGCGGCUUCCUGUCAGAUGCUGAUGGCAAUGAGAGUAUUUCUGGUGGUGACGGUGUGCGAAGUGAAAUUACCUUCCGAUUUUGAUGGACUCAUUUUAAAAAAUGUCUUAAAUUAGUUUUCCUGAAAUAUUCAGGACAAAUUCUUCUUAGAAGUUUCUUUUAGUGUGAAGCUUUCUUAAUACCACUGAACAGUUGCUCACACCUUUAUGAUUAAAUAUAUAGAUACAAUUGCAAGUAUACAGUAGAGUAAUGCAAUAAAUAAACCAUGCUUGAGAGAGAGGGAACCUAAAGAAGAAAAAUACAGCUGACUUAUGUCCUAAUUAUGUCUUAAUCUACUUGCUGGCAUGCAUUAAAGGUACAGUAUGUAAACUCUCACCACUACAUGUCAGUAGAUUGCAGAUUGCAGUCAACUAAAUCCUCUUUUCUUAUCCCUCACAUUUCAGCUGUACAAAGGCCCUUUCACAUACAGCAUGCGCUGCACUGACUGCUAGCUAGAGUGAAUGCACGUAAAGUUGUGUCGAAAAGUUUACUGAACUCGGAUAUGAACAGAAUGUUUUCCUUCAUCAUGUGGCUGAACUUAGAGCAGCUGAAUUGUCUUUGAUGUGCAGAACUUGAACACUUUGUAACAAAACCCUCUUACGAUGUGAGAAUGUAAUCAAACUGUUUAUCAGAGGGAAAGUGGGAGUUUUAGGACACUUAAGCCUAACAUUAGCUGGUAUAAUGUUAGCUUAUAUUUUGUUGUUGUUGCUUUUUAGUGGCUAGUCUGAAAACAGCCGGUUUGCAUGCCUAAACUGCUGAGACUAGCUAACUGCCACAGUGAUGAAAAUGUUUAAGCCCCAAAUUCAUUUAAGGACAUAAGGCUUGAGGUGAGGAGGAAGAAAAUGAGGUGCAAAUGAGGAAGGGAAGUGGGCAAGGGUGUAGGAGGUGAAUGGAGGCAUAAAGGCUUAAUGAGAAUGAGAACAAUCUUGCCACUUAUUUCUAGCCACAUACAUAAAACACGAUUGCAGCGAUGUCCACUGUAUUUAAGAUUUGUGUGGCAAAAUGGCAGCUUUCACAAAGCCACUUUGUAUUUUUCAUGGAUUAAUUAGAAGUUUAUGAGAAUGGACCAGUUUGUUGGUAGACUUAAUUAGACUCUAAUCAGUGUUCAUAUAAGUACAAUAGUAUUGUUAUGUUAAAUAACUUAAAAAAAAGACUUACUAUUCCGUUAAAUCAUUUUAAACUUAAUCACAUAAGUGUGACGGUUUUUCUGGUCCUGUGGUUGGUUUGGUUUGUCUUUGUUAGUAUGUCUGUUAGCAGGAUUUUUCCCAUGGAGCUUUUAUCAGUGGUGGGGCUUGCUCCAACUUAGAAAUGAUUAACUUAAGCAUUCAUCUGAAAAAAUCCUCUUUUUCUCAAGAAAUAAUAACACAUUUGGAUCAGAUAUCCUGGGGAUUCAGUUCAUGGUGUGGAGGGGACUUUCAGCCUGUAAAUGGUUUCAGACUGGGUCCCUCUUAUCUACGUUAUGCUAUCAUACAGUGUGCAUUUUUAGUUUAUGAGGACUCCUUCUGUUCAAAGUGUUCCACCGAUCACAUUUUCUGUCACAGCCCAUUUCCUUUCAUUUCAUUUCAUCUGCUCUAAUUAAAGAGAUUAAUACAGAGCACGUCUUUCAUCCUUCUGUCUUAGUGAUCACAGAUAAAACAGCAUGAGUCAUGUUAUUAUUUUCAGUGUUUUUAGCAUGCAGUUUAGUCUGUUUCUCAGAAACUCUGAAAAAAUAUGAACAAUUUUGUUAUUAAAACUGUAUAUUUUUUAACAAAAAUACUGAACAUUUAUUAACAAUAAAUUACAUGAUUUGAAUGCAUUCUUUUAUACUGUGUGUGUGUGUGUGUGUGUGUGUGUGUGUGUGUGUGUGUGCAAGUUAAUAACGGUGUCAUACCCAUUAUAACAUGGUAACUGUAUAACUGCAGUCAUGUCAGCAACUGAUUUUAGAGCAAAGUCCAACACUACAUAGCUGUGAGAUUUCAGGAAGUGAUUUUUAAGGAUCUCCAGGAACGGGGAAAGAUCACUGUUGAAAAGCAGGGAUGGACACCAGCUUUCUGGUGCUGUGCAUGAUGCUGGCAGCAGAUGUGACACCAGCUUCUGCUACAGCAAAUCCGAGCAUGAUAGAGACCCUCAUUCUGGCCACCUUCCAGCGUCCCUGGCUCUGGGGUCUCUAUGUCUUUGUUGUUGGACUCCCCAUCGUUCUCUUCAUAAGCUUCAUGUGGCCAGACAAGAGGUUUGGUCCCCCUGAUCAACCAUAUUACUAUAAGAAGAGUGAUGAGGAUCAAUCAGAUGAUCCUGAGCUCUCACCACCAAGGAAAUCGAUAGCAAAAGAUUCAUGCACCAGAGCAAGAACCUCAGAACAGGAAACCCAACAAACUCACAAGAACCUGCUGAGAAGAAAGGCUAAGGAAUGAAUGGCAUCCCCUUACUUAGGAAAACUAAAAAAAUGAACAUAACCAAUGUAUUCGUAUUCAGUUGGGUCCUGUUAUGCAUUUCAUCACCCCAGACAGCUAACCCCCCCCCCCACUACUCCAGCUACAUAUUUAGCAUACAGAUGUGAGAUCCCUGGCUCACUACUUUACUGAAGAAAAAGGCAUAUUUACACAAUGUGUGCCUGCUGUGACAGCCAAUAACACUACUAUAUAGUAUUACAUCCUCCUACAGCACCACUGUCUAAAGCUGUCAUUGUUUUGGUUAUUAAAGCUGCUUUUUUCAGCCAACAGAAAA